UUAAUGUUUUUAAGUUUCCGACAAUCCACAGCCAUGGCUAUAAUUAUUUUUCUCCCUCGUUAAUUCAAUCGGAAAAAAAGUUGUCGGUUUGGAGCGCAUGCGCAAUAAUAGCUACCCACUACUACAACAACAACUGGGAAGGACGGUAUAGAACCUCUGCGGGAGGAGGGAAUUGUAUAUUUAUAUUUCUUUUCGGUGUCAGUUGUCUGUCCUAGUGCCUUUUGUUGCCAUCAGAGGACUCUCGAAGUGCAGUUACUGUAGGAAACGCAGGGACAAGGUUGUGCACAGCAAGAUCCCACAAACUAAUGUGAAAAGCUACCAGAUGAUCUGCUUUUGUGAUGUUGAUUAAGGGAUAAGUGUUGGUCAAGGCGGGGGCUCCUCACCUGUUAGUCUUAAGGUAUCUAGACCAUUCGCGUUCGAGAGCAAACCAGGUCCCUAUCUGCCUCACUCCUGGAAAGGGCAGGGGGUGUUCAGCCAUGGAUGAGGAAAGAAGAUUUCCCUGCAAAAUCUGUGGCUCCAGCCGCCUUCAAACGUUCGGCGUCGUCGUGAAGUCUUUGGAAGAUCUGGUAGCCAAAGGGAAAGAAAAACUAUGUUUUGACAAAAGCGAUGCACAACAAGCAUUUACAGUUGUGCUUGAAGAUGAUGGGACAAUUGUUGAUGAUGAAGACUAUUUUACAUACUUGCCAGAAAACACAAAAUUCAUGAUCCUUGACUCCGGUCGGGAAUGGACUCCUGCUAACAUAGGAAUCAAGAGCAACUUGGAUACAAGAACGAAUGAUGAUGUUGAUGGUGGUGUUGGAUCUAUAGACUCUGUGGAUUAUCCGGAGGAAUCCAAUGAUUGGAGAGUUCUCGCUAAACAAUUGAGACAGAAUCUUGCCAGAAUUAUUACAAUGUCUGAAUCUGAUCUUCAGGCCCUAAUAGAUGUACCAUCUGCUGAGCUGGCAAAGGAGCUUGAUGAAACUUUAAAAGGAACUGAAGCAAUACAGGACUCCCUUCAACGUGCACUUGACAACCGAGAGGAACAGCGGGAAGCAAAGGAACUAUUAAAACUGUACCGGAAUACCUUUCCAGUUGAAAAUGAUGAAUCUGCUAAAGAAACUGAUCAAGUGGAUGGUUCAAAUCUGAUGACCAGUGAAACUUUCUGGCUGAAUAAACACAUAAUUGAAGUUCUCAGGCAGAAGGCCAGCCCAGAGCUCAGCUUGUCGAAUCAGGAGCUACAGGAAAUUUUCAGAAGGAGUGAAGGAGAUUUAAGUUCCACUUUAAAUCGUUCCAUUGAGGAAGUAAGGUAUCUGCAGCAAGACUGUAGGAAGGAAUUUGACAGUCGCAUGGCCAAAGUGAAGAGCCUGGAAGAAUUGAGCCAAUAUUCAACAAUGAAAAGGUGUGACACUGUGACAGAGUCUUAACCUCUGAGGCAGAGUGCCUGGGAUCAAAUGAUAAAAUAGGUGCAGGCAGAGUUCCUUCGUUCUGUCUCUCAUUUCCUUUCAUUCUGACGUUGCAUCAAUGCUUGAUACACCACUGUGAACUUUAAACUUGAUUUCCCAUUUGCUGUUGUGAAUCAGGAUCCAUUGUAAGAUAAGCGUCUGCAUUUUUACACAAUCGUUUUCACCGAGCAAGUAAAGAGGACUUGAGUCCAUCAGUUUGCACUUCAUUCAAACAUCUGUUUAGAUGAAAUGACAGUCAGUACUGCCCAACUGUACUGUACUUUUCUCCAGACAGCCAACCAGUACUUUGUGAAUAUAACAACUUUUGAUGAUAGCCACUCCCAAUAUCCACAACAUAAUAGGUUUAUUCUUAUUGUACUACUAAUGGCCCUGAAGGACUAGUUUUCUGUUGGAUGUCAGAUUUCUUCAGUAUGAUAAAUUUCAUGUUUUUUAAAAGUUUAUGAUACUUUAACUUCUACAAAUGUAAGUCCCAAUCAUUUAUUUUGCUCUCUGUAAAAUUUAGACAUUAAAAACAAAAGAUUUGUUUUUA